UCGAUCGAUGUUGCAGUCAGGUAUUAAUCCUCCUGCGUAGCCUUUGCUCCUUCCUUUUGCUGAAUGUGACAGCCAUGGCACCGAUCAAAAAGCAGGUGGUCAGGAAGCCAGGUGGGAAGAGGAAGAAGCAGAUCCUGAAGUUUACAUUGGACUGCACUCACCCUGUCGAAGAUGGCAUCAUGGAUGCUGCCAACUUUGAGCAGUUCCUGCAGGAGCGCAUCAAGGUGAACGGCAAGGCUGGGAACCUUGGAGGAGGUGUUGUCUCCAUUGAGAGGAGCAAGAGUAAAAUCGCUGUGAACUCUGAAGUUCCCUUCUCAAAGAGGUACCUGAAGUAUCUCACCAAGAAGUAUCUGAAGAAGAACAACCUCAGGGACUGGUUGAGGGUUGUGGCGAACACCAAAGAGAGCUACGAGCUGCGCUACUUCCAGAUCAACCAAGAUGAAGAGGAAGAGGAGGAGGAGGAUUAAGCCUGACAUCACUUUUAAUAAAAAGUCAAAACAAA